UCCUCACGUCUAGUCUGCACUUUACUUGUAGAGUUUGCCAGCUGGGCGGUUCCAAUACUUAAAAUUUGUACUUUACUGUUAAUGUUACGCGGUUAGUGAAUAUCUUCGUUACAGUUCAUUUCACCAGUGCGGAACACACAAACUUUUGUUUAUGUUUGAUCCUCGGCCAGCUGCGACAAACCCAAUUACAAAGCAGGGCUAGACAGGGCGAUGUACCUAUUGUCUGGUCUCUGAGCUGAUGGCGUGACUGCGCGUGUCUGGUGCAGAGAGGAGCCGCGGUGAGGCGGGGCGAAGGGCGAAGGGAGGGCUCUAUAUGGCACAUCCGGAGCCAUGAAGGUGGACGCCGAAGCUAAGGACGCGCCCGCCGCGCCUGCCGUCACCCCCGGAACCUCCAUCGCUAGUAAUACAGACUCGCCUGUGUCAUCUCUGGACGGUUUCCCAACAUCGGACACAUCUGACACGAUUCCGACGCCCGACCGGGCGCUGCUCGCCAAGCUGGAGGAAGCCAACAGGCAGAUCGAGGCGGACGUCAAGAGCCUAGGGCUCAACACAGUGCACAGCCGGAAGAACUCGGACACCUCGCAGAUAUCUUUGGCCUCUGGCACCAGCUCAAGCUAUGAGCCCGAGGGUCGGGUCGGCGGGAAUGGCGAGGAGGACCUCUGGAGCACGUGGGGCCGAAUCGUCAACAACUGGGAGACCGAAUGGAAGCGGAAAAACCAGUUCGUUCGUGACCUGGUGCGGCAAGGCGUGCCCCACCACUUUAGGGGCAUCGUGUGGCAGCUUUUGGCCGGUGUGGACUCUUCACCGGAGAAGAAGCUGUAUGCGUCGUAUAUUAAGGCGAAGUCUGCUUGUGAGAAAGUGAUUCGCAGGGACAUUGCGCGCACUUACCCAGAGCACGACUUCUUCAAAGAAAAGGACGGCCUAGGCCAAGAGUCCCUUUUCAAUGUCAUGAAAGCCUACUCGCUGCACGACCGGGAAGUGGGCUACUGCCAAGGAUCUGGCUUCAUUGUUGGUCUAUUACUUAUGCAAAUGCCUGAAGAAGAGGCGUUCGCGGUAUUGGUUAAAAUUAUGCAGCAGCACCGCAUGCGCGACAUGUUCAAACCGAGCAUGGCCGAGCUCGGCCUCUGCAUGUUCCAGCUCGAGAACCUGGUCCAAGAACUGCUGCCGGACUUGCAUGUCCACUUCCAAUCACAGAGCUUCAGCACAUCGAUAUAUGCGAGCAGUUGGUUUCUGACGCUGUUCACCACAACGCUCUCGCUCCCCCUGGCCUGUCGCAUCAUGGACGUGUUCCUCUCCGAAGGAAUUGAGAUUGUGUUUAAAGUAGCCCUCGCUAUGCUCACGCUUGGUAAAAACGACCUCCUUUCGCUUGAUAUGGAGAGCAUCCUCAAGUAUAUACAAAAGGAAUUGCCAGCGAAAGCGGAGGCCGACCAGGAUGCGUUCAUGAAUUUAGCUUAUUCGAUUAAGGUUAACCCUAAAAAGAUGAAAAAGCUAGAGAAAGAGUACACGGUUAUAAAGACCAAGGAGCAGGGAGAUAUUGCGGUGCUCAGGUGUCUAAGACAAGAGAAUCGCCUGCUGAAGCAGCGUGUGGAGCUCCUCGAGAAGGAGAGCUCCGCGCUGGCGGAGCGGCUGGUCCGCGGGCAGGUGGACCGCGCGGAGGGCGAGGAGGAGACGUUCGCGCUGGCGCGGGAGGUGCAGGCGCUACGCCGCGCUAACGUCGACGCGCAACAGCGGCUCGCCGUCAUGCAGGACGAGAUACGCUCGCUGGAGAUGACCAUAGCAGAGAACAACUCCCGGCAAUCGUCCCUCGAGGGCACAGAGGGGCAGGGCAGCGAGGAGUUGGCCCGCUGCCUGCAGCGCGAGCUGGUGCGCGCGCGGCUGCACGCCGCCGAGCGCGAGGCGGCCGAGCGCGAGCUCACCGCGCGCAUCGACGAGCUCGAGAACGAGAACAAGAGCCUGCGCCGGCAGCGCGUCGACAACAACGUCGCGCACCUGCAGGACGAACUCAUUGCUGUGAAGCUGCGUGAAGCCGAGGCUAACUUAUCGCUGAAAGAUUUGCGUCAACGAGUCACCGAGCUCUCUGAAGCUUGGCAGAGGUAUCAGCAAGAACACAGACAAGAACCGACCACGGCGCCGGUACAGUCCAACGUGGUGUCAGACAUCAUGGCGACUCCCAAGAAACUGCUCAGGGCGUGGGAGGGCCGCUCCGCCGACAUGCAGAAACUGGACGAGGAGCUCAUGAACACCAGGAUACGGGAGGUCGAGGCGCUCACUGAGCUCAAGGAGGCCAGGCUUAAGCUGAUGGAGCUGGAGACGCAAGUGCACGUGUCGACCAACCAGCUGCGGCGGCAGGACGAGGAGGCGCGUGAACUGCGCGAGAACCUGGACGCGGCGCUGCGCCGCGAGCGCGCGCUGCAGGCGCGCCAGCGCGAGUUCCAGCACAAGUACACCGACCUUGAGAGCAAGGCGAAGUACGACUCGAUGCAAGCCAACAUUAGAAAUAUGGAGGACGCACAAAGAAUAGCGGAGCUAGAAACAGAAGUCUCCGAGUAUAAACUAAAGAAUGAAGUGAUGGCAACCGAAGGAGAGCUCCGGAGUAACAUGGACGACACAGAGCGCGUGCGGGAACUACAGGAACAAGUCGCGGAACUUAAAGCAGAGUUACCGACACCCAUCACCACUCCGGACACAGAGCCCUGGAAAUGGCUCGAGUCAUGAGGCUAGAGGCUUCCAAAGCGCGAUCCUUGGGUCUCAGCCAC